AUGAGUGCGGACACUAUCGAGAUGGCCCCGUUGCCAACACAACAUGACCAGCCCAAUGCGAAUACUCGACCUGCCAGGAAAUGGAAACAGCAACGAGAGCUAAACACCAUCGACGUGGCCUGUCUUAUCAUUAAUAAAAUGAUUGGAGGCGGCAUCUUCGUGUCAUCCAGUCACGUCGUGUUAUUAACAGGCAAUAAGCUUGUCGCGCUUUGUCUAUGGGUCUUCGGCGGCAUCUAUUCCUUCUGCAGCAUGUACGUAUAUCUGGAAUACGGCCUGGCCUGGCCGUACAAUGGCGGUGAAUUUCUCUACGUAACCAAGAUCUUCCCCGUCCCUCCGAUGGUCUUUGCCAGCGCGUUUGCCUGGUUUUUCGUCCUCUUCGCGACCACGACCAACAAUUCCAUCACCUUCGCAAAGUACAUCAACCCCAACGACAUCGAGCAUCCCGACGAAUGGAUGGUCAAAUUCAUCGCGUGCGUGGCAGUUCUGGCCGUGGCCUGUCUCCACUAUCGGAUGGUCAAUAUUGGAAUCCAGGCAAAUAACUUCCUUGCCGCGUACAAGGUGAUCUUCUUGGGAGUGCUAGGGGUGGCCGGCUUGAUUGCGACAUGCCGCAAUGGAGCGCGGGGCGAAUUAGCCGGGCUGAAUGAUUAUGUGUCCACCCAUUCCGCGGGGCGGCUGUCAAAAGGGAAUGUGACGCUGGCGAUCUUGCAGGUGCUGUACAGCUACCAUGGUUGGGAAAAUGCGAACUAUGUCACGUCGGAGAUCAAAGGAAAUGACAAGGCAAGGCUGAAGCGAGGGGCGCUGAUUGCUGUUGGCGUGGUCAACUGCCUUUAUAUAUUGUUCAACCUAUCGGCGUAUUUCCUCCUAGAUUGGAAUGUGAUUAUAGAUUCACCGGAUCUCUUCCCAGUCAAGUUUGCGGAAUUGGCCUUUGGUAGCAAGCAAUGGUCAGCGACGAAGCAGGCGAUCUGCAUCUGCAUUGCUCUCUCGGCUCUGGGUAAUCUCACUGGUGUCAUCUUCACAAACGCGCGCGUGGCCCGAGAUAUCGCACGCUACCGCCUCAUUCCGUUCUACAAGUUCUUUGGCACCAGCUCCCGCUGGGGCCGAAGGGAGGGCGACGGCCUCGGAACACCCUCUGGGGGGCUUGCCCUCCAUGCUCUGGUUACAUGUCUCUACGUCGCAUCCAUCCCAGGAAUCGCCACACAUGGCGAAGGCCAGCGCUUUGUUUUGACAUUAUACACGUACGGCCACUCUGUCGUCACCUUCGUUCUCGGGAUUGGACUCCCUUUUCUUCCGCUACGCAUGAACCAGUAUAACACCCAAGUCGCCGACCCAAGGGGCGUCCAACAGAAAGGGAACUGGACCUACCAAGUUCUCAGAAAUUGCGCUGCGCGGUACGGCGUCAUCGCGUUCUUCACAGUCGUCAACGGCUUCCUCAUUGGCAUGCCGCUCGGACAAGGGCGGACCAAGAAACGAAGCGACCGCGAAAUCUCAUCAUGGGUGAGCGGCGUAACUGUGCUUUCAGUCUUUGGCUUCGGACAACUGGUCGCGCUGUAUAUCAUCUGCUUUGUCCGGGUGCUCUACUUCCGGCAAUGCGCCACGUUACAACGAUCGGAACGGGGCAGGGUAUUGUACGUGCCCCAUAGUAAUCGCAUGUGGGUGGUAGAAUAUCCCAAUCUCACUCGACGGGGCGCUUGGAAGGAGGCUUUCACACCUUUAUCGUGGACUGAAAUUAAGGCCCGGUUGGUUGACAACGCGGAGGCUACCUCGGCUGCCAAUUGUAGAGAAACAUAUAUUGCGAGGGUGAACAGCAAUGAAUCAAUCGAUCACUCGUCAUAA